AUGGCCGAAGGCGCGAACCGCCUGAGCGAGUUGUCGUUAGAGGGAAACCUGUGUAGAAAUUGGCAAGAGUUUAAACAAAAAUUUGAGAUUUAUUUGAAAGCAACCGACAAAAUGAAGAAAAGCGACGAUACAAAGGUAGCGAUACUACUUAAUUUGGCAGGUGAGAAAGCCUUAACUAUAUAUAAUAAUCAAUUAAAAUUAGAAGAAGAGGAAGAUAAAGAUAAUCUUGCAAAAGUGAUACAAAAAUGUGAAGAAUAUUGUAAUGUGAGAAAGAACGUUGUGUACGAGAGAUUUUUGUUCAUGAAUACGAUUCAAAAAGAAGGUCAAGGGUUUGAUAGUUUCGUUAUGGAAUUAAAAGUAAAUGCGAAGAUGUGUGAAUUUUUAGAAGAAGAUGCAUUAAUCCGUGACAGAAUAAUAUUUGGGGUUCGAGACAAGGGGUUACAACAAAGAUUGUUGAGCGAAGAAAAGUUGGAUUUGGAAACUACCGUAAGGUUAGGUCGUACAUUUGAGGCCAGCAAGGAGCAUCAACAAUUGAUGGACGGAGGUGCAACAAUGGUCGUGGACGCUAUACAGGAGAAGACUAGACGAGGAACAAAAGUUCAACAAAAUUAUGACUGUAAAAAGUGUGGUAAAUCACAUAGUUAUGGACAAUGCCCAGCAUAUGGUAAAGUAUGUGCUAAGUGUGGAAAUAAAAAUCAUUUUGCGGUAGGUUGUAAGCUAAAUAAAACUUAUAAAAAUUACAAUAAGCAAAGUAAUAACAAAAGCAAACAGCAUAAUAAUUAUAAAGAUGAAAAGAAAGUUAACAAAUAUGUUAAACAAGUAGAGAAUAAGACAGAUAAUCAGUCUGAUAGUAAUGAUGACUAUUAUAUAGAUUCGUUAAUGUUAAGUAAUGUUUGUAACGUAAAAAGUAAUAACACUGAUGCAUGGUUGAUUGGUGUUACUAUCGAUAAUGUAUCGUUUAAAAUGAAGCUUGAUACGGGAGCAACAUGUAAUAUUUUACCUAAGCAUUGUUUAAACAAAUUAUACAAAAAUUUAAAACUAAAUAAAUGUAACACAAAUGUAAUUGCAUUUGGUGGUAACCAAAUUGAUACUGUAGGUGCAAUAAUUUUGAAAGUAUUAAUCAAAGACAAAAUUGUAAAAAUAAAGUUCAUAGUUGUCAAUGUUCAGGAUAGACCGAUAUUGGGACUUAAAGUUUGUGAAUAUUUAGGUUUAUUAAAUAAGGUUAAUGUAAUAGAUCUCGAUUUUAAAGCUGAAUUUAUAAAAAAGUAUAAUGAUAAUAUCCAAGGAAUAGGGGAAAUUCCGGGUACAUACAAGCUGAGGUUAAAACAGGGAAGUACGCCGGUAAUAAAACGUGUUCGUCGAGUUCCAGAGAUAAUAAAAGAUAGGUUGAAAGAAACAUUAAACGAGUUAAUAAAGAAAAACAUCAUUGAAGAAGUGGAGUAUCCUACAGAUUGGGUAAAUCAAAUAACAAUAGUUGAAAAAAAUAAAGGAAAGCUACCAAUAUGUUUGGAUCCGACCGAACUAAACAAGGCUUUGAAAUUGGAUAAUUAUCCAAUACCCACGAUAAGUGACAUUGAAAAAAGACUUUCUGGUAAAUAA